AUGCGGUCAUUUGCGCUACUUCUCCCAGCUUGGCUGCUACUACCUGUGGUUUCUGCAGGUGUAGACUUGGUCGACACGUGCUAUAAUCUCGACGGCAUAUCUGACUGCUCGGGCACAUAUGAGCAUCCCGUCGAUGCAGUGGCGAGGGAUUGCAAUAAUAACGGGCAAGCUGAAACAUGUGGAGUCACCAUUAUCACGGAAGAGAGAUCCCUCUGCAGCGCAAUGCUUCAGGGUCUGUCGGAGAAUGACGAGGGUGCCAAGUUCCAGCAGAGCAUGGAUGGCAUCUGCAACUGCCUUCCGGAGAUGCAACGUCUCUUCACUGCUAACAGUUAUGUGCCUAUCAUACAACGUGGAGACGUUUCACCAGCCACGUUUCCCUACAUGGUGUACACAGUCCAUGGAGUUGACAGAUGUAUCCAAGAUAACGACUUUAACAUCGGGAGUAACCGAAAACAGAUCAUACGAGACUACUUUAAGCCCCGAGAUGGUUGGAAGUUCGUUCGAGCGGCAGAUGUCAAAGCCUUCUUCGAGAGUUACAUUCGCCAGUCAGAGGAUAUAACGGAUGGCGAACUUUACCGUAUGCUGGACGACUGGAUGAAGCUUUUUCAGUCCAUCAACAAGAAGAUCGCCGCUGUUAAGACAGCAGCCAAAAACGUGCAAACUCACCUGAAAACGACUUCCAGCAAGUUCUCUUCAACUACGAAGAGUAUGUGCAAGAAGAAUAAGACGUGCGAUAAGAAAGGCGUAAAGUCGUUCAUCACUCAGGUGUCCAACUCUCUCAAGGCGGUCAAGGCGUUGAGCAACAUUCCCGCGGCGGCGGAUUCGGCAGCCAAGACCAUCACACCGAUACAGGCGGUAAUUUAUGACCUUCUCGAGAAUCGCCUUCCGCAGCCCGAUACUGAGCGAGCAAUCAAACUGAUUAUGGAGGGAACCAUUGAUUCACUCCGCGAGCUCACUCUCGGUUUCUACAUAGUCGAGUCCCUGCCCACAGCUGCCGACAAACUGAAGAAACAGAUCGUCCCGAUUGGCGCUCUUACCAAGCAUGGAAGCCGAGGAUCAGCUGCCCUCAAAAAGCUCGAUGCAGUGCUUGCCAAGAAUUGGAAGAACAACAAGGAGCUUGGCAAAGUCCGUGACGGAUUUAUCACCAUCCAAUCCACCAUCAAGCAGAAGUUGCGAAACCCUUUGAUCAAAUUGAACAAGGAACUAAAGAGCCUUGACGAGGCGCUUAAUAAAUUCCAACUGCGGAAGAAAAGGCUUGAGUUGAGUGCUGGGGGCACAAGUUACAGAAGGUGGACCGAGAACUCAUUCAUCAUGCCUGCAAGAUCACGAUUGAUGAAUUUUUCACCGUCGAAGGCUUUACGGACAAAUAUUCCUAUCCAGCAUUUCAGCCAUGUGAGUAUGGCCCUGAUACUAUCAACUUACCGAACCAUCAAAUUCCCUGGAUACGCUGGCGAUUCAUUUGAAACCGUCAUGGUCACUUUUUUGCUCUUCGGAUGGAUGAUGGUGGUUUAUUAUGAUGAACCAGGCUCUAUCUCGCAGUCAAUCCCCAAAGACAGGGGGCCUUCGGCGGUUUAUUGA